CGUGCCCUUGUCGCAAGGCGGUCUUCGGAGGAGACGGGGAGGUCUUUGCUCUUCUUUCCCCAUUCUUGAUCACCGUCCUCCUCCUCCCGUCUCGUCUUGGAUCUGUGGGCAAGCCAUGGCGUCGCAGGAGUGCCUCUACAAGAUGCUGCUCCGGCAGACCUACCGGAACCUUUGGCUCACCGAUCUCAUGAGCACCAUCCAGGCCGACUUCUCCCUGGGCCAUGCGUUUCCUACAUGCUCUGCAGAAGGGCUCUUUACAAUGACAUGUCAAGGUAAUUUCAGUGGGCCAUUUGUUGCAUGGGUUAUCUACUAUGCAGUGGGAAAUGUGGAGAAAGUCGAUGCCCAGAGUUCUGCAUUUGCGCUGAGGUUUUCUUGUGCUUUGGUAAUUCUGUUGCCUCAAAUCGCUUCUUGCUCCAAGAUGAGUUCAACAUACAGACGACUCAAUGCCAAACCGCAUGUGUAUUCGGUUACCUUCAUUCGACUGGUAAUGGGUCAGCCAAUUCAAACCAACAAGUUGCUUGGGUCUUUUCCAUUGUUGCAAUGAUCAUCGGAAGUCAGGAGAUCCAAAGAAGUUUCCCAGAUAUUAUCCUCUAUGUCUGACUUUGUAUACUGGACAGUCUGUGCACGCAUGCAUGCAGGUCGGAGUACUUAAAGAUACACGUUUAAAUUCCAUGGUUGCAGACACAGCAUAAGAUUGAGAUGGAUAAGAGAGACGGCGAGUUUGGGGCACCACCAGUGAUGGCUGUGCCUCCAGUCCACCAGAUGUCUCGCUUCGAUCAGCCUAUUCCAUGGCAUGCUGGAUAUGCCUCUCAUCAUCUCAGCCAGCUUACGGGCAACCGUAUGGCUAUUCUCCGGCUGCACACCCUCCACCUGGUUGCCCGCAUGCUUACCCAUAUGGUUCUUACCCUGCACCUGGUCCUCCUCCUGCUGGAUAUCCAAAAUAAAAUGCAUCGAUCGAAAAGCCACUCGUUCAAGUUCUGGUCAUGCCGAUGCACAAUAUUGUUGGUCGGAAAGUGUCGGGUGCUGCUGCGGCUGCGAAUGGUUCUAGCUCUCUACCUCUUCAUCCUGCGAGGGACGCAACUUGGCUUGUCAAGAAACUGAUGAAAUAUAAUUACCUUCAUGCAGCCCCAGAAUGGGAUCGAUCGAUAUCUUCUUUUCUAAAUAAAAAGGACGCGGGGACUCUGAAAAGAAGCAAGCCACAAAAAAAAAAAAAAAAAGGAGAGGCAUGCUGUGUCUGUAGUUCGCCUACAGCUAAAUCUCUCUUGGUGUUUAAUUUCUCGGCCAUCAAUUGCCUGCCUUCACGAAGAAGAAAGAGAAAGAAAAGUCCAAAGCGUCGUCUCCAACUCCCACUUUGUUGUGGAGUCUCCACUCACUCCAAAAAGGACGGGGGACCAGCUCGCAGACAUGGGCACUGUUAAUGGAGAGACGUCCGGGGGGCGACAAGGACCCCUAGCUCUUCCCCCCCUCUCUCCGGUCCGGAUCGAAAUGCCAGACUCCUCUCCCUGGAACCGCUAGCGAACGAAAGAAAAGAAGGCACCACCGGUAUGCAAACCGAGUAGAUUCCUUUGCUUUGAUGCUGAAGCAUCAAAAAAAUCUCUCCCGUACUCGAUAGGAUGGAGGAGGAGGCCACAGCGUGGUGUCGUUUUCCGGACUUGCAACCUGCACAAACAUGUCUGACACAGCAGAGCAGCUACCACGACAAAAGAUCAUCAUCAUUAGACAUCUGUCUGUUGAUCCGGUUUGAGGUGUGCGUGCAGGGAAGAUCUCUCCUGGUUCCAGGAAGAGAUAAGACGGCCAUGUGAACUCCAGCAAGCAGGUCAGGGCUAAUGAAUCCAGCGGCGAAGUGGUCCUCA